AUGAACAUCAUCUUGCCUGCUUACAUUCUGGAAGGAAGCGCCGAGCCGGAGUUUAAGGACCCUGUUCAAGAAGAAUGGUAUGAACAGGAGGCUAAUGAUUGUUCUGCAGUGGUAAAAGCAAAAGCAGCAGACAAGGCAUUUCAUAUGAUCAGACAAUAUCAUGAUCCAAAACCUGGGUGGACAAUGUUCAAUGAGGAACACUCUGAAACAGACCUGGAGGUAAGCACAGUUGGAUACAUGCCAAUUAUUUUGGCUCUGGCUCAUGAUGUAAACACUUUAAAUACCGUUGUUAGAAUAAUGACUCAAGUUGCCAAGUUGUUUGGCCAGAGAUACAUUGUGCUAACGGUUGAUCAAGCUUUGUUUCCGCAACUUAUGGAACUGAAAUGGGCUGUUCCAGAAUAUCGGGACACUCUUAUUCCACGGCUAGGAGGUCUUCAUAUUUCAAUGAACUUUCUUAAAUUUCUAGGUCAGCAUGUGCAAGACUCUGGACUAUCAGAAAUCUGGGUAGAGAGCAUACUUUUGGGUCCUCGAACUGUCGAACACGUACUGGAUGGGAAAGAAUAUAGCAAGGGUGUUAGAGCUCACAAAGUUACUCUUCAAGCGAUGUGUCAAAUUCUUUUGCCGCAAUUACUGGCCUACAUCAGAGAACGUGACAAGGAUCUGAAAGAAAGUCUCCAUAAGUUUGCGCAAUCUCAUACACCUGUGGAUUUUGAGAGAAUGAGCAACUUGUUGUCAUCUGAUUGCUAUAGUGCUCUUUUGUUGUCCUUCGUUGCCGCUAAAAAAGAAAGCAACCCUAGUUUCCAAUUUUGGUGGCAGUAUACCAAGAUGGUUUGUAUCAAGCUGUGAUCGUUUUACCAGAGCUCUGAGAGAGGGAAAGUGAGACUUACAUCUGUACGCUUUUCAAGAAACGCUACCAUUCUUCCAUCGGUAUGACCAUACCAACUAUGCAAGAUGGGGUCCUGUUUACCUUGUGCAGAUGCAGCAGUUGCCAGCUGAAGUACAAGCAGAAUUUGAGUGUGGUAACUGGGUAGUAGUUAAGGGGUCAUCAUGAAGGUUUAACCAAGUAGAUCCAGAUCAAGCUCAAGAAUGGCUAAACGGCACUGGCAAGCAAGACGGGGGGAUUGUGGGCAUAACAAGGACACCAUCAGCACUAUUUAGAUGGACCCCCUCGUACAGUCUUUGUGCUCUGAUUGUGACAAAAACAAGGAAAAUGUACCAUCUUGACAACGAUGAUCAUAUGACGUAUAACAAGUCUAAUCCAUCACAAAAGCGAAGAGAUGGGGAAGAUAAGAAAGUAAAAGAGUUGAAAGGUCUUCGAUAUCAGGCAACAGGAAGCAGUCCUUGAUAAGCUGCAAAAUAUAGUUACAAAAGAUGUUGCAACAGCUGAGAUACAAGAGUUUCUGCUCAAUGCACCUGGCCUUGGCAAGGAGAAGUUGCUCACAUUUGUCAAAGAGAGGCUUGUGCUUCAAAUCAAUGGAACUGAAAAGAAGCUCAGGGAUCCCUUGCCCAAAAAUAAAGCGCCUACGUUUGCGACUCUCCGAGAAGUAGAAAUGAAUGUUGCCAAGUGUUCCCCGGUCAAUGUAGACACCACUCCGCUUCAUGGGAGGCAUGAAGAAGCGGAUAUGCGUAUGAUCCUCCACUGUGUGAAUUCAAGUGCAAAAUUAGUUGUAGUGUGCAGUAACGACACAGACGUAUGUUAG